UCAAACCUCGCACGACACAAACAAAGUGCCGAUCAUGCUAGCGUUGUGGGGAUCAGCGAGCACGACAGACAACUACGAUGAGCACACCGUCCUCAACACUGUCAGCCCGUCCUCACUCUCGCGCGCAGCAUCAACGGCCGUCCUCGAGCUUAUCCCAGCGCCCACCUUCCAGCGCAUCAUUCGCAAGACCAGUUUCAAGCGCAUCCUUGCGACCCCAAUCACGCGUUUCUCGACCAAGUUCGCGUAUUUCGCGACCGGCCACCAGACAAUCCACGCGACUUUUGCCUUUAUGCCAGAAACUAAUCACACAGCUCACAGGACUCACUUUAGAUAACGAUGAGGAGGACUUUCGUAUUGCCUUGGAUUUCGUUUCUAGGAACCUAGAGCAUGCUACGGCGACGAAAGGAGGUCCGAGCUCGGACAUGGCUACCAUGGAUAAACGUUUUCACGGUUUCCUGGAAAAAUCCCGUAUACAGUCCAAUGAUACACUUGCGGAAGCAUUGGAGAUGUCGUACCGGAAAGUGAAAGAUAGCGCGAAGGAACUUACGAAUAUCGAUGGUGACAUCAAAUUUGCGCAUCUUCCGGACCACCUGCAACUGCUUGCGCUUCUGUCUGCUGCACCAGUGACAUCUACUCUCAGGCAUGCAGAUGCGUAUGUUGAAGCAAUCAAAAAUCCACCAGAGCCACCACCCUCUCUAACCUGGAAGGACAUCCUGGCCGAGGAACCCUUUGAGGGACAACACUGGGAGGGUGUUUAUGGUCUGCCUUCAGGAAGCACAGUAGAGUGUUGGGAUAAAACGAGCGAUGGUAGCACGCCUUCACUUUCACCGUGGGACGAUGACUCGGACGACUUGGAUGAUAAUGAUUCGUUUCCCUACACCGAAGAUGCUCCCUCAUCUCCUGGUCCUGUCGAGCGAGUCUCCUCUUAUGGGCAGCCAAACUUAAGCCUUUCAUACCAACAUCGUAGAGUUGUAGAGGAACUGCAAACUCGACAGUACUGGAGAGAAGAAUGGCGAACAGAUGCCGAUCUAUCUCGACCAUUCAAUCUGGGUGAUGCAUCAACACUUGGUCCUUCAUUGAGCCGAGCUCUUGGUGAAAGAACAACUCUUUUGAUUAACGGACCUAAACACGAGAAAUACAUCAACGAGCAUGACGCUGUCCGCGAGGUACUCAUGUGUCUCCAAGGUCGCAAAAACCUCAUGAUCACUAGCAGCUCGAGAUCUCCGUCGCUCAUGCGGCCAUCACCGAGUGCUCCCCGUCUCGUUCAUUUGACAUUAACAUCUCAAACUUCUAUCCUCUCGUCAUUUGCCCAACUUGCAAGCACCUUGUCCCACAUCAGAAAAUUCACUUCGGCAGUUUUUUCUAAUGUAUUUUCAACCUCAGACCCACCUCUGAGCUCAACGCACCUUCUAUCUCACAAUACGCGUUCGCAGACCAUGGAAGCUUUCGCUGAUGCGGUCGAUUCUCAGCUACAAAAGUUCGAUCGCUGGUGUGCUGACAAAGAAGAACAGAUAUGUCGCGCUCACGCAGGCCUUGGCGACCACUUGGCCGCCAGUCUACUAGCUCUCGAAAAGGACGUCAGAGAUGCAUUUUCAGCGACCUUCGACCUCCUUUUGGCCAUUCUGCGAGAGCUGAUGGGCUACGUCAUGCAUUCGGAUAAUACCUCCGACGAAGAGGUCUGGUUAUUGGCAUCUCUGUCUAGUCGUGUGCCGCCAGCGGCUGUUACUGCCCAUUUACUAGACGCAUGUCUGCUUUCUGCGGAGAAGCAGUCCUCGCUAGGAGACAAAAUCACCGCUGAAGCUCUCAUUGAGGUGUUCGUCAGGUCCGCACAGCCUGUCUGGGCUAUGGUGGGCCGCUGGGUCAAAGAUGGGAUGCCAGUGCGGGACACGUGGGAAGCUUCUGAUAAUCAGACCCUAGAUGAGGAGUUCUUCGUCGAGGAUAACGAGCUCCCGCUUAUGGACCCUGAUUUCUGGGCGGAUGGAUACGUUCUUAGGACAUUGAAUGACUUUGAAGCACCCGGAGGAGGGGCGUUUUCCGUGCCGGCAUUCCUGGAGCGUAUAGCUGAUCGUAUACUCGAGACCGGAAAAGCAGUUGGCCUGCUGCGAGUCUUGGGGAUACCUCUGCUAAACGAUGCAGAUAGCGAUUCAGGGGAUGUUCACUGGCCAUCACUUGGAACACUGAUAGGACAGCACAAAGGGGAUGCCUCAGAUCCAGAGGGCCUCGCUCACCUUAUCUCCGACAAGAUCUCACCCUAUUACACAUCUUCGGGAUCUCAACUCAUUCGAGUAUUGACCGAUGACUGCGAUCUGUCGCGCCACAUCACGGCCAUCGAAGGGCUAUAUCUGAUGACCAGAGGAGACGUCAUCGGCAAUUUCACCGAUGUCCUCUUUGCAAAGAUGGACAGCCAACAGCACUGGCAAGACUUUCACUUCCUGAACAGUGCAUUUAGGGACGUCGUGGAUGCCAAUAAUGCUACAAAGUACAUCGAGACUUCCCUUGUUCGCCUCUCCUAUCGGGGAAGCAAAACCACCGCCAUCACGCAGACGGUGAAAGCCCUUGAUGGCCUACUCGUCGAGUAUGCUGUGCCUUUUCCAUUGGCAUACAUCUUCACACCGCGUGUAUUGUCAAUCUACGGAUCGAUCUUCGUGUUUCUUCUGCAAAUACGAAGAGCCAAAAGUGUUUUGGAACGUAUUCUUGUAAGGGGCGAAAUAGGGAGCGAACAGCAUAUGAAGCAUGAGUUGAAGGUAUUUUAUGCGAUGAGGGGAAAGUUAUCGUGGUUCAUCAACACAUUAUUGAACUUCCUGACGACUCAUGUCCUGUACUCUCGGUUAGCGAUGUUCCAUGAGAACUUCAAGGGAGCAAAGUCUCUUGAUGAGAUGAUCAAGAUCCAUAACGACCACUUGGACACAAUCCAGUGCGGUUGUCUGCUUCAGCCCGAAGUGUGUCUGUUUUAGUUGAUGACUUGCUGGUCGUGCUGACGACUGGUUCAGACUUCUGCCCUCUACCGGGCUGUUUUGUCAGCACUUGAUAUGUGUCUGCAUUUCAGCAAUAUUUUUGUCUCAUUUUCAGGUGACAAUACACAUGAUAUAUCACGGCUCUCUAUCGUUAUGAAGCGCCACCGAAGCCGUCGCCAGAGACGGCUUCGUCGAGACACCAUUGGGUUCUCUGCACCAGAGAUCAUCUCAGACGAUGAAAGUGAUGGCGAUGACGACGAGAUAGUGGGCGAUGCACCUGAGCCUUCAUUUUCUCUGGCUGCCUCGGUGAUGAGCUACGAGGGCGAUCUCCCCGAUCAUCUGGCCAAGCUGUCAUUGGAACUGGAUGGUGUUGUACGUUUCGUUCGCAGAGCGAGCGAGAGCUGGGCGGGAGGGAUGUCUAAAGCUGCACCUGCGUUUGGGG